GACCCGUUAUCUAGCACCGGCUACCGCCCGAGAGGUUAUUCAUAAACGUCCGUCGUUCGGCUUAUUUGAAGAAAAUGAGCAGAAAAGAGCCUUUGUCUCAGUUUAUUCAGCAGAUCCACGGAAGGCCAGUCGUCGUCAAAUUAAACAGUGGCGUCGAUUACAGAGGUGUUCUUGCAUGUCUCGAUGGCUACAUGAACAUAGCGCUCGAACAGACAGAAGAAUACGUGAAUGGGCAGCUUAAGGAAAAGUACGGUGAUGCUUUUCUACGAGGGAACAAUGUGCUGUACAUCAGCAGUCAGAAAAGAAGAUACAAUUAACAAUUUUUUUAACAUAU